GGACGGAGGGAGUAUCCGUGUAUUUUUCGUUAUUUAAUUAUUUCUGCUAUAAGUGAAGUAGAAAGAACAGCCUUUUCUUAAAGUUUAUGUGAGUGGUGAUAUGUUGAUAUUGUUCAAGUAAAAUUAAUAUUUCUCGUUGGAGUUUAACUAUAUUCUAAUUUAAAAUUCAUAUCCGUUAUUUUGCCAGAACUGUAUUUAUGGUCUGAUUGGCAAGUACGAACUCUCCUUGAGCGAUUUUUGUUGAAUAAAGUGUGAAGAGAAUGGACAAGUAUGAGUUUGUGAGAGACAUUGGGUCUGGUAGUUUUGGUUCGACGAAGCUGAUGAAGAAUAAGGAAACUGAGGAACUGGUUGCCGUGAAAUUUAUUGAAAGAGGAGACCAGAUUAAUGAGAAUGUUGCAAAAGAGAUCAUUAAUCAUAGGUCACUCAAGCAUCCAAAUGUAAUAAGAUUCAAAGAGGUGCUACUUACACCCACCCACCUUAUGAUUGUGAUGGAAUAUGCUUCUGGAGGAGAGCUCCUUGAACGCAUUUCACAUGCAGGCAGAUUUAGUGAAGAUGAGGCUCGAUACUUCUUUCAGCAGCUAAUCUCAGGAGUAAGCUACUGUCAUGCAAUGCAAGUAUCCCAUGGGGACUUGAAGCUGGCUAAUAUUCUUCUGGAUGGAAGCGUUGCAAGAAGACUGAAAAUAUGUGAUUUUGGCUCCUCAACGUCAUCUGUGCUCGAUUCAGCACCUCACUCAAUUGCUGGUACACUGCGUUACAUUGCGCCAGAGGUUCUUUCUGGUACAGAAUAUGAUGGCAAGAUGGCAGAUGUUUGGUCAUGUGGAGUGACAUUGUAUGUCAUGCUAAUUGGUGCAUACCCAUUUGAAGACGCAAGGGAGCCUGAAAAUUUUGAGAAAACUAAGCAGCGUGUACUGGGAGCCAAAUAUAAGAUCCCUGCCCAUGUUCACUUAUCUAAAGAAUGUAGGCAUCUGCUUACUCGCAUAUUUGUUGCUCCUGCAAGCAAGAGGAUCAGAAUAGUAGAGAUCAAGAACUCGCCAUGGUUUUUGAAGAACUUGCCACAGGAGCCAACUGUUACAUCUCAAGACAUAGACUACAGCAGCGAUGAGUCUGACACAUGGGUUUUCCAGAGUAUUGACAGUAUCGUGAAUAUUGUGGCAGAAGCGACGAUUCCUCCUCAAGCUUCCAGUUUUAUUGGAAGGUUCGGAUGGGCAGGGGGAAACCAGAAUUUGGAAGUGGAAGUGGAAGUGGAGGAAGAAAAUGAGUAUGGUAAGAGACUAAAGGAGGUAUACGAAUCGAGGAGUUUAUCAGUGUUUGGCAUGGUGAGACCCGCAGAAAGGUCUCUAGUUCCAAAGCAAUUUCAUUAUGAUCAUAGAGAUCCAUCACCAUCUCACAUGCUUGCAGCUACACAUCUUGAUCAAUCCAUGUCUGAUUUGCGCUUGGCUGAAAGGUCUUUAGACUCAAACCACUUACAUACCUAUCACUCAGAUUUAGGAGCAUCUCAGGCAGUCAGCUAUGCAAAAAAUGCUAAUAGUUUUAAGCUACUGGAUUCAUCAGUGUAUAUACGUUCUCCUGAGAAGUCUAUAAAGUCUGCAGGUUUUGCAGGAAAUCCUACAAAUUCCGGUCUGCCUUAUUCUAACAAAGUUACGACACUUCAUCCAUUGAUGUCCGAUGUGCGUCCUGCAGAAAAGUCUAUUAUAGCUGACCAAUUGCAUCCCCGUUAUUUUGAUCCAUCAGCUUCCGAACUGCAGAUUGAAGAUCUCACAGAAGGUUCUAUAGUGACAGGCUUAGAUUUCGGUGAGCCUGCACAAACUGGAAAUUUUGAUUUGUCUAUAUCUGAUGUGUGUUCAGCAGAGAAGUCUCUGAUCAUGUAACUGCUAAUUCAUCGCAUUCUCAAACCAAACAAAAUGCAAAUCACAAGGUACCUGGUAAGACUUGCAGAGCAGGGUCGUCAGAUGUAUGCAGGAUAUAAAGUGACUGCAUCUAGCAAGCGUUGUGUUUUUAAUAGAAAGGUUCAUGAAUCAGUCAAGAGGCUGUACUCUACAAAGUUAUCAGUGUUUCAAAUGUGAUGAAUAAUUCUGAAAUUUUUUAAAUUCCUAUGUCUUCUGACAUAAGAAUUUACAGACAAUAUAUUUUCAUAUUCAUUUUGGA